ACAGCCGGGCUGCCCUUCCCUGUGUACAGUGAGUGUGUGUGUGUCUGUCUUUGUGGUGCCCCCUUUGCUGCCUGUCUGUGUGGUGGGGCCAUACAUCUCCCUGUCGUCACAUCCCUUCUGCCAGCAUUAAUCCCAGCCGGGGCUGUGGGGAUGGAGCUGUACACACGUGACAGCCACGACUCUCUCACUUCCGCUUUGCAGAUCUCCACUGUACAAUCUGCCAUGAUUUGCUGGCCUCGUGUGGUUUUGUUUGGAGAUUCCAUCACUCAGUUUGCUUUUGAAGCGAAUGGAUGGGGAGCAACCCUGGCUGAUAAACUUGUAAGGAAGUGCGACGUCCUUAACCGCGGUCUGUCUGGCUACAACACCAGAUGGGCAAAGCUCAUUCUACCAAAAACUGAUCGCCAAAAGCUCUGAUUCUGAAACCAUUGCUGCAGUCACCAUUUUCUUUGGUGCUAAUGACAGCUCCCUGAAAGAGGAUAACCCUCAGCAGCAUGUUCCUCUGGACGAGUAUGCAGACAAUCUGAGGGCUAUGAUCCACUAUCUGCAGUCUUUGGACAUCUCACCAGACAGACUCAUCCUGAUUGCUCCACCACCCAUCCAUGAGCCUUCCUGGGAAAAGCAGUGUUUUAUUAAAGGAUAUAAACUGAAUCGUUUUGAACUCUAUUGCCGGGGAAUAUGCUAAAGCCUGCGUUCGUGUUGGCCAAGAUUGCGGCACUGAGGUUCUGGACCUGUGGACUCUAAUGCAGGAUCGGGGUCAGGACUAUACAGUGUAUCUGUCGGAUGGGCUUCACUUAUCUGACAAAGGUAAUGAGUUUCUGGAGUCCAAAUUGUGGCCAAUUUUGGAGAAGAAGCUGGGUGCUCUACCCUUCCUUUUACCGUAUUGGAUGGAUGUGGACAAUAAAAACCCAGAGCCCUCCCUAUUCCCCACCAGCCCAGAGAAGA